AUGACCGACUGGGCCAAGCUCAAGGUCGUCGACCUGAAAGCCGAGCUCAAACGACGCGGCCUCCAGCAGCAUGGCCUCAAGACCGAACUUGUCGCGCGACUAGUCGAAGCCGAUGAAGAGCAAUCGCGAGGGGAGGGCUUGGGCGAGCCUGAAGGCGCGAACGAAGAUGUACCCAUGGCCGAUGAGCCUGUCGACGAUGAAUCUCGAACCGAAUCUGUAACCCCCGAUGUCGAAGCGGUCGAGAAGCCUGCGGCCGAAGAUGCAGAGGUGGAGGAAAACACGACGAAUGAAGAAAAGGCGGGAAACGACAAAGUUGAUACGACCAAGGCAGACGUGAAUGCAGAGGAGAAGAGCGAGCCACAACAACCAGAGACUGUCAAGAACGGGGCGCCCGAGGAAGCUCCUGAAGUCUCCAACCCCACUGCAGAUGUGCCGAUACCUGGAAAGGAGGCAGGUGCUCAAUCCAGAGAACCGACAGUCGAGGAGGCAUCAAGAGCUGCAACUACGACCGCGGCCUCUCCUCCCUCUCUCGAAGCAACACCCGCUGCAGAGAGACAGAAGCGCAAACGCCGCUCUCUCACACCGCCGCCAACUGAAGAAGCCAUCGCGCGCAAACGCGCCCGCGCAGACGAGGGCACGGCAAACGGAGACUCCUUCCCCGCGCGUGAGGAACAAUCACAGCCUCAGGCUGAGGAGCAGGAAGAACCUGCGCCUAUGAACAUCGACAACGAGGAGCCGCAGCCAGAAAAGAAUCAAGAAACUGCACCUGCGUCCGCGCCCGCGCCCGAACCGGAGCCCGAGUCAAACGCGCCGCGAGAGGAAGCACCCGCCGAUAAACCGCAGGAAAUGGACUACGAGAGAGAUGUUGCACCUUCGGUGCACCCAGCUACUCCAGCCCUCUAUGUCAAGAACUUGAUGCGCCCCCUUCGGCCCCAGGACGUCAAGGCGCACCUCGUUGACCUCGCAACGCCACCAAGAGAUCCCCUUGACGAUAAUAUCAUUGUCGAGUUCUUCCUCGACCAGAUCCGCACCCAUGCCUUUGUCGUUUUCAGGACCACCGCUGCGGCCGCCCGCGUUCGCAACGCCCUCCACGACAUCGUCUGGCCCAAUGAGAGCAACCGCAGGCCCCUCUGGCUCGACUUUAUUCCUCCCGAGAAGGUACGUGACUGGAUUGAGACGGAGCAUGCCAGCGGCGGUCCGCGUGGACGCUCCAGUGCUAGAUGGGAGGUUGUUUAUGAGAACGGCCCCGACGGGGUUGUCGAGGCUCAUCUUGAAGAAGCCACAGCCUCCACGUCUCGCGCAGGCCCUCCGCCGGGUCCACGACAGCCCACGGGCCCCUCCAUGAUGGGCGGCGACCCUGUUCCCCUCGGCCCCAGAGGCUAUCGCGACCCUGCUAUUCCAACAGGACCUCGUCCUGUCCGACCAGGCACCGGACCUGGCCCUCGUCCUCCCCCUACCAACCCAGGUGGUGCCUCCAAGCGCACCAACAGCCGGCCUGCUAUCUACUACCAGCCAGUGUCCGAAGAUCUCGCAAGCCGCCGAAUCGACAACAUGCGCUCCUUCUACUCGACGGACCGCGACCGCGACUUUGGCCGCGACAUCAACCGCUACUCCUUUGAGGACGGAGCCUCCUUCGUCGACCGAGGCAAGGAGGUCUUUGAAGGCAUCCGACCCCCACACCGCGAGCGUGCCGUUGAACGUGAGCGUCGCGGAGGACGUCGCCGUGGCGGCAGAGGUGGUGGUCGCCCUCGGAGUGAUCGCUACUUACCUCCUCCCCGCGACGACCGACGACCUCGGUUUGGCUCCGAGCCCGAGAACGGCUUUGACCGGAUGAGGGACUGA